GUUGGUUCGGUUGUAUACUUGAGAGAGUUUGGUUGGUUUUUCCCCCUUUUUUUCUUCUUAACAUUUUAUUUGCUAAAUUUUAUAGAUUGAAGAUUAGGGUAUUGCGUUACAUCUACUGUUGAAUGUUGAUACAUGAUUCACCCGGAAGUAGAAGUAGUGCACAUAACCUUAAACUGUAUUUGCAUUAAAAUCUUUAAGUAUGCCCCCACAGCCCCAUUUGCCAUAAUAUUCCAAGAUCGUCAGCUUCAAUCAAGAAAAGAGGAAACUAACCGAAUUUGCUCUUGCAACUGCUUUUCAGAGAUUCUGUUUGUCUUCUUUGUUCUUCUAUUGGAUAAAACGACAGAAACACAUAGCUUCUCACUGGCUCAAUUUUCCUCAUCCCACAAGCGUAGAAUCAAAGCAAAUCCAACAUCCCACUCAAUUCUUCAUGUCCUACAUAUUUCGCAUAUACACCAAAACCACUCCUCUGGGACAAGAAUCCCUUAGAGAUAAAAGAACAUCCUUUUCUGGUUCUCUAGUCUUCUUCCUGACAGACAAUGCACAGAAGAGAGGAUGAUGACAGCAGCAGCUCUCUGCGGCCUCUAGGCAUUUGCCGUCGCAUUUUUAAAUUUGUAGUGGCUAAACUAGGGAUAUUGGGAGAGAAAGAGAUGAAUGAAGAUAAUCCUGAGAGGAACAAACUGAUCAAGAAGGGAUCAAGGACUGACAUCACUAUUCAUUUCAAGCAAAUAGAAGACUCGGAGGAUAACGGCAAAUCCAAGAACAACUCCCCUGGCUCGUCAAUACAAGAAUCAGAGAAAGAGACAAUAAUCAGACUAGCUAAUGGUAGUAACGGCCCUAAGAAGAGGUUACUUGAGAAGGGGAAGAAGAGCAUGUUGGGUGAGCCGAGCCCCAAGCAACAAAUCAACCAGCCUGAAGCAGGGAAACCACCACCACAGCCGCAUAGACGUCUGAGGCCCCUUCUAGAUGAUAUAAAUAAGAAAUCAGAUGCUUUUAUCAAGAGUACACUGGAGAAGAUGAGAAAAGGCUUAGCCUAG